UCCUCUUAUAUAUAAACACAUUUAAGAACAUCAAAGAAUACAAUCAUACGCUUAAUUGUUAAGUUUCAAAGUCUGGAACAGUACAUGCAAAAGAUGAACUAAUAACAAUAGUACAUUUUAGAAAAGAUCGCGUUAACACCAAUAAGAAUGAGGAAGAGAAAGGCAAGUGAGAGUGUAGGUGAAGAAGAUUAUAAGGACCUACGUAGCUGCAUGGCUUGGGACCAAGUGAUGGAGGAGGCUGCAACCCUUGUCGGCCCAUGGAGAGCUCGGAAGCGAUAUGUUGGUGUCCGGCAACGGCCGUCAGGGCGGUGGGUAGCUGAGAUAAAAGACACUAUACAGAAGAUAAGAGUGUGGUUAGGCACAUAUGAUACUGCUGAGGAAGCUGCAAGAGCUUAUGAUGAAGCGGCAUGCUUGCUUCGUGGAGCUAAUACUAGAACAAAUUUUUGGCCUUCCUCUCCAUCUUCUCAUUCAAAGCCAGCCCUUUCUCCAAAGAUUACAAAUCUUCUGUUAAACAGGCUCAAACAAAGAAACGAUAACGUUUCAGACCAUACUACUAUUAGUGAUGCUGCUGCUGCUACUUUGCCUGCUGCUUUUAGCCAUAAGGAGCAACAAACAGGAGAAGUAGAAGAAGCCCAGUUUGUUAGUCUCUUUGAAGUGCCUGAAGAUUGCAAUAUCAUUGAAAAUAGUAAUGCUGGUGCUAGUGCUAAUAGUGCAAUAACUACUAGCGAUCGUUAUAUUACUACUGGCUGUUAUGAAUCAAAUUUCUUUAAAACAGAAGGUGAUGACUGGAGUAUUAAUGUCGAUGGCAAUAAUCAAUAUGAAGGGGAGAAAGUGGAAGAAGAGAUUGACAUGCGGAUGGUGGAUUUUCAGUUUGAUGAUCUUAUUGGAGGAUCAUCAUCAAGUUACUGUUCUCCAUUUGACAUAGCAGAGGAGAUGAUGGAGUCAAUAGUGGAGCAGCAACAGGAGUAUUAUCAUGAAGAUCAUGAGGAUCAUGAUCAAUCAACACUAAGAGAAAUCAUGAAGAGGAUGAACUAUGAGCGUCAGUUCUCAGCUUCUCUUUAUGCAUACAGUGGAGUAUCCGAGUGUUUAAGGCUGACAUUUGGAUCAUCGUCGAGAUUAAUGGCAAAGACUAAGAACAACAUUAACGAGGAAAACAUGAAGGACGAUGAUCAUAAUAAAACAAAAGAAUUGAAGAACUGGAUUCCACAACCGCCAACUGAAGUGGGUUCUUCUUCUUCUUCUUCUUCUUCCUCCUCCUCCUCUUCUAACAAGGGAGAAUUGUCUUUUUGCAGCUCCCUUGAUCUUCCUUCUAUCUGCUUCACUGUUUAGUUUACUCUAAAAGUAGCCUGUCAAGAUUUUUUAUACAGCAAUAUUUAAUUUUCAUCACCAAGCAUAAGUGAAACAAACAAAUUACCAUUAAUGGCAUUCUCUGAUGAAUUAUAUAUUUAUGAAUCAUCUGUUGCAUGAUUCGUAGAAGAGAUCAAUAAUGUAAUAAACA